UCCGGGUUGCACCGCAUAACUGCUUCCUGUUAGCUCCCAUUCAUAUCAUUUGGUGAUCCAUCUUUCUUGUUUUUGCAUUUUUCUUUCAUUUAGCCGGUCUCUGAUCAUGAUCAGGUCACUUCUCCGGUGCAGAUUAACUCCCCACGUCCUGUCCUUCACCAGAGGAUCAAGUCUGCCCGCAGCUCGAACACCUUCCAGUUUGCAGCCUUGUUCACCAAGUCUCAGGCCAAUUCAGCAACACCUACAUGGACCUGUUAUCCCCAAAAUCACAGCCUUUGUUAAAUACUCGGAUGUGUCCACAGAGAAGUACACUAUGAUUUACACCCUGCCAUACAUUAAGCUCCUUAGAGCUGUGUCCAGGCUCAAACUCCUCCAAACUGCAAUAACUGUGGUCAUCUUGCCCCCGGUGUACGUCCUCUACUUUCAGGGAGCUGCCUCCACCUUUCUUGUCAGCUACACGACAGGGAUAGCUCUGUUUGCUGGUGCUAUGCUGUAUACUGCCAGUUACUUCUUCAGAAGGGUGGUGGGAAUGAUGUAUCUGGAUCCGUCUCAGACCACCCUCAAAGUGUCCCACCUCACUUUCUGGGGAAAGCGCCACGAUAUGUACCUGCCGGUGUCAGAUGUCAUGACCAUUGGAGACACAGGGGACUCUGUAAAUGAGACCAUACUGAAAUUUAAGAGAUACAGCAGUCAGGAGACUCUGUAUUUCUCUACUCAUUUUGGACGUGUGGUGGAUGAACAAGCUUUUAAAAAGGUGUUUGGAAGUUUAAAAUGAUUAUUUGUUUAGAAAAAAAAUGUGAGGUAUUCUGAAUAGUAUUAUGAAAACAUAACAUAUUAAGAGAUGCAUCUAUUGUCCAUGAACAAUAUUCUAAAUGAAAACACAUUAUACAGUGGAGGACGCUUGCUGUUAUAUUUUAUAUCUAAGAUAUUUUAGCUGACAUAGAUCUGAAUCAUCCACAGUUGAUAAAUUACUGGUUUAUUAUUAUUAUUAUUUUUUUAAUCUUAAUUAAGGUUGAGAACUAAGAUUGCAUUAAAAAAAAAAAAAAUCUGGACUGUGGUAGGUUAACAGUUGUUUACUAAAUGGUGACUAUGUAUGCAGCUGAAAUAAAAGAUCAGGUGAGAUUGGCCUAACAGUGUCCGAAUAGUCAUGUUGCAUCAUCAGACCAUGAUAGGAUAGCUCCACAGGUCAGACACCACAUGUCCUUUUUGCUGCAAGCUCCAAAGAAUUUGUCCCCUCCUGAUGUUGAUUUUUUUUGUGUGUUAGGUUAAAGUGUAAACCUAAAAACUCUGUUAUUGUGUAAAAUGCAUUAAAGAAAGUAUUCUUCAA